AUGGCGGUCCACACUAGGCCAACAAGUCGGCUGCUAGAGUUUCUCAUUCCUCCCGGUUCAUACUAUCCCGUAUAUCAACUUCUCUGCAGCUUCCUCGACAUCAACGGCAUCAUAACCUUGACUCGGACUUCGAAGCAACUAUCGCACCUCUAUCGUGAGCUGCUUCACACUGAAUGGAAUAUCAACACCCGGCUGUCUAAGUUCUUCCCAAACCCUGAGGAAUUUCGGGCGGUGCAGGGAGAGGCAGACGCAUUGAUUGUUGGAGGUCUGGCGCAGGCUUUCUUUUGGCGAGACUCGCAGGAUGAGGGCACCGCGGUGAUUGCUGUGCGUCAUGGCGAGGGCUCGGAGACUAUGAGGAAGUAUCUGGUGAGCGCUGGGUAUACUGCCUCAGGGGUGCGAGAGGGUGCCGUUCAGAACAACAACGGAAAUACCUACGUCAAGUCGCCCCUUCUAGCAACACUGGCCUUAUACCACGCGACCCACGACGUGUGCAUAAUCUCCUGGAACAAAGCGUUCUGCCUCUUCCCCAAUAACACCUUCGUCAAGCGCGAAACCUACCUCCUCGACGUAGUCCGCCCCGACGGCACGCCAGGAAUCCGUGCAAGUUUCCUCCGGAAAACCGCGAAAUACGGGUUAAGAGUAAAGCUCCGGCACUGGGACCGCUUCGCCCCCAAGACUGCAGCGAAUGCUGCUCGGGAAGAUCGCAGCUUCAACGAGCUCGAGCAUCGACGCCGCCUCGCCGACAAGCACUCCUGGACCAUCGACCUGCCGACGUCCGGCAUCACCGCCCCACGAACCCCCGAUUUCAUACUCGACUCAGCAUCCUUCAAGCUCUGUGGCGACAUCCCUCGUGGCCGCAACCCGUACGAGAGACAUCAGGGCUAUAUCCUGCGCUCCAAGGCGCUCGAAUCUCCCAUACUGCAGCAUACAUACCUUUACGUGCCCGAGGGCGACGGUACAGGGUGGGGCGAGCUGCAAAAGGAGUUAGAUAUCCUGACGCUACUGGAGCUGAAGAAGCUGAGGGAAGAAGAGCGUCCGGCUUUCUAUGGUCGACUUAGUGCCCAACCGCAGUUGGUGAAUGACUUGAUGAGGGGAUGGAAGGUGCCGAGCUCGUGGGCAUUUUAUGACGAUGAUAUGAGGCAGUUGGUCGGGCGGGUGUUGGGGACUGAAGAGUAG